UUUUCCCCCGCGAGAUGUCUCAUUAUGAAACAAGCCGUGCCUGGCUAUUACUCGAAUCACCCACUUUUUCCCUCUAUCUUCGGAAUAAUCCAAUCCAGAAGUGUGUGUCAGUUUCCCAAUCCAUAAUGGCUACCCUGAAAUGCAGACAUGUCAUCAAAAUAAAAGCAACAAACUUAGCCCAAACAGGAAAGAGGCACGAACCUUCUCGUUGGCGUCGAAUUCAUUCCUAUCUGUCAUGAAGAAGGAGAGCACCGCUGGAACCGCGGUAGGUGGAGGUGUGGUUGGAGGUGAAGAGGAGGAAUUAUACCUAUCUUCGGAUUCAAUCUUGGCCCGGAAGCUGCAGAAGAUCCUCUCAGCCGAGUUGGAGAGCGACAAGACCACCCUGGACUCCUUAAACGCCUUGUCCCAUUUCUUCACGGAGAACUCCUUGUUCCACCGUCGAUUCUUGCGCGGUGAGAUUGAGCGACGAUCCCUUGAGAUCCAUCGCCAGUUUCUCCAUGACUUUGGACAUCUCAAUCAAGGGCUGGAGGAAGUCUCUGACCGCAUCCUGGACAUGAAACUCAAGUCCCAGGACAUGAAGGCCCACUUGGAUAAGACCAAAGGUCAAACCCGAGAUUUGAUCCAAUCCACCAACGCUCUCAAACGCGAAAGUGCUCAAUUGAGACGGAAACAAGAGGUUCUAGCCGCUUUCCAGACCACGUUCGCCCUCUCAAGUGAAGAUGAAAGGAUCCUGAUCGAAGGUCAACCCAGCGAAGGCUUCUUCCAAGCCUUGGCUGAUGUUCGUCGGGUUCAGACUCAUUGUCAGGCUUGGAUCAAGGAUCGAGAUCCAUCCUCCGAUGAGCAGGUCUUGACUGCUCAGGAGACGUUGCAAAGGAUCCAAGAGGUCACGGAAGUGGCCUUACGCCGGACCUUUCAGUGGGCCCAAGCCCAGUGCCAAAGCAUCGAGGCCUUGGGCCCGAGUCGGGCCCAAUUGCUGCCCAUGGCUAUGCGUUGGUUGCAGGAACGCCCUGAUCUGUUCUCGCUCGUGCUCGAGGAUUAUUGUGCCGGUCGGCGUUUAGCUUUAGUUCGCUCGUUCAUCGACGCUUUGACGGUGGGGGGCGUGGGCGGCACACCGCGUCCCAUUGAACUCCACGCCCACGACCCACCGCGGUAUGUGGGCGAUAUGUUGGCGUGGAUCCACUUGCAGAUCCCGACUGAGAACGAGAACCUUCAAUUGUUACUGAGGGAUGAGCGGAUCACUCAACGGAAAGAGACUUGUUUGAAGAGCAUUGGAUCCAUCACCGAGGACAUUUGUCGGCCUCUAACCAACCGCGUGGAACAGAUCCUGUUGUUGGAGGCAAGUCCGUUGACUCUAUUUCGGUUGAUCAACCUGUUGCACUUUUACUCCAGCACCAUGGGUUUGGCCACGCCCAAGGGAUCCACUCUCAUCAACACGCUCGAGUGCUUAGAGCAAUUGGCCAACAAGCAAUUUUUCAAGGCCUUGAUUUCGACGGUCUCUCAGAGCGUGGCUCAGGCUGAAGCGCCCAAUCCGGAUUUGGCGCCUAAUCAUUGCACCCUACAAUUGUUGGCCUUGCUCAAAGACCUGUUGGCCAGUUCCACCAUGACGGAGGAUGCCACACCCAAGAUUAAAACCGUGAUCGACACCGUUCUUCGGCCUCUGUUGGAGUCGGUUCAAAAUGUGGCUGCCCCAUUCCCCACAACGGAUCGAGACGUGUUUCUCUUGAACUCCUUCUACCAGAUCCAUUCCACCCUUUCCUUGUAUCAUGGAACGGAGGAUCAUCUGGUCAUGAUUCAAGGUGAAAUCGAUCUACGGGUCGAUACCCUCACCUCCGAGCAAACCAGCAAGAUCAUCGCCAACCUGGGGAUCCAACCCAUCUGCAGCCUCAUCAGUGCCGAGCAUGAAGCUCCUUUGGCCAAAGUUCCGGGAAUGAAUGCGGCAGCGUUAAAGCAGUUCAUGCAUCGAUUGGACGCGUUCCUGGUGAACCCGGAAGAGUUCCUCAUGGCUCAAUCCAAGUACUUGAUCUCGUCCAGUCAAAGGAGGGAAAUCUACAAACGCUCCAUGGGGAUUGUAGUGGCUUCCUACCAUCAGAUCUUUGAAUCCGUGAUGGAGCCGAAGAGCGGCUACGAGAAUCCCAAAGCCAUUAUGGGCAAGACGCCCGAGCAAAUUUCCUUGCUACUUCAUUUGUGAAUCAUCGAUGGUUGUUUCUGAUAUUGUUUUUAUAUGGAAAACGUUUGGGUCGGUAUGUCGUUGUUUUUGUUGUGCUCAAACAAUAUAUAUAUUUCACAUGUUA